AUGUCUGUUCUCGACUUUCUCUGCGACAUCCGUUUCCACAAGAGCUACGUUCUUCCACCAAAUCCUGAGACAGGCAGAUGUGCACCAUAUAGAGUUUCAUAUGCGGACUACGGCGAGUCUAAGAGCAAUGCGGUCGUCCUCUUCUGUGGCGCGCUGAUGGGCUCUCGAUUUUGCUACUCGCCUCUUGAUCAAUUGGCCAAGGCGUACAACGUCAGAAUCAUCCACCCAGACAGACCCGGGAUUGGAGGCAGUCAGCCCGUGGACCUGGAGAAGCGAAUACAAACUUGGCUCGAAAUGGUGCCAUUACUGCUGGCUCAUCUAAACAUUACUCACGUCUCUCUCGCGAGUCACAGUGGCGGCGACAUCUACCUGAUAAACACAAUGCUCACCUACCCAUGCUUGCUGCACCCGGAAACGCCCUAUGUUUGCUUCUUUGCUCCUUGGGUUCAUCACUCACAUUCCAAGAUUUCACAACUACGAGCGACCGACUUACUCCCUGCACCUAUUGUCGGCAAAUUUGUAUCGAUUGUGAAAUUCGUGAACGACAACGUCACCCCUCUAGCUGGGCUCAGCGGCGGCUUCGUGCAAGGUAUACGAGAUUCUAUGCACCGUUCGACUCCCAUACCGUUGACACCAACGACAUUGAGCAAGCGAACACGAGGGACUUCACUGUUCUCACACGAAGAGCCAGCCGAGCUGUCACUGGAUGACGAUCUUGUGGUUGAGGAACUCCGCAGACACAUCACUGCAUUCCUGUUCGCCGAGUGUAUGGAUGGGAUCAAGGCGGACGUACAGCUGUUCCUGCGGAAGCCUCGCUCUGUUACCUGGUGCUCGUCCAGUGUCUUCUGGUCGGACUUCGACUAUGCCGUGCCUUUGAUAUCGAAAAUGAUCGAUGAAGAGGGUUGUAUAGACGGUGUUUGCAGGAUGUGGACAGUCGACACAUUCCAUGCGCAGACAGACGCUAUGGUCGGCGAGAAAGGCAAAAUGUGGUUUGACAGCUGCUGGAUGUCACAUCAAUGGACAGCCGAACCCUGCAAAACAGAAGAUCUGUAUGCGUCAUAUCUGCCGAGUCGCAACAGCUACAAGUACAGAAGUCAGGUAGUCGAGGGGACCGAACACAACUACUUGAUGGACCCUGCUUUCGGUGCAAGUGAAACUUGGCUGCAGCGAGUGAGGGAUUCGUUUCCGCUACCAUUUGAGGUCGAUGUAGCGUAA